CUACUACCUCUCCCAAACUUCUUCCUCGUUCCAACAACAAUACCGACGUAAAAAACUCUUCAAAUUCAAUUAUCUUCAACCAAAUCAACUAUGUCUACCACCGUCCACGUCGAGGGUAUCUCCACCAAGACCAGCGAAGAUGAGAUCAAAUCCUUCUUCAGCUUCUGUGGCAAGAUCCAGAACCUCUCCGUAACCCCCACCGACAGCGAAACACAGUCUGCCACCGUCACCUUCGAGAAGGCCGCUGCAGCCAAGACGGCUCUCCUUCUGGAUAAUACCCAGUUGGGUCCCAACUCCGUGCACGUCACCUCCUCCAAGUCCAUCGACGAGCUUGCUGGCGAGAAGUCCGCCUCAGCAGAGGAAGCCAAGGAUGGCGACCACCAUAUCGAGCAGGAGGAGAAGCCCCGAGGCCGUAUCGUCGCCGAGUAUCUCGCACACGGUUACACCAUCUCUGACAAGGCCAUCGAGAAGGCUCUUGCGCUCGACCAGCAGCACGGCGUCAGCAACAAGUUCUUGAACGCCCUCAACAACUUCGACCAGAAGACCCAGGCAACCCAGAAGGCACAGGCAGUUGAUACCAAGCUUGGUGUGAGCUCCAAGUUCUGGGGUGCAUGGGGAGGCCUCACAAGCUACUUCGACAAGGCCGCCGAGACGCCAACCGGUCAGAAGCUCAGGACAUUCUACGAGACGGGUAACAAGACCGUCCUCGACGUUCACAACGAGGCCCGUCACCUCGCUGAUAUCAAGAAGAAGAACCAACCCGCAACUGGAGCCACUCCCACCGCCGAAGAGGCUGGUCUCGAGAAGAUCCCAGGAACAGACAAGACGCAAUGCAACUGCGCCGCUGACACUGGAAAGUGUGCUUGUGCUCCAGGACAGUGUGCUUGCAGUGGUUGCGCCAAGGCCACAUCGACCACUGCUGCUACCUCCACCUAGUUAUCUGAAUCUUUCCGGAUCUCCCUUCGAUGAUUUCCCCCCGAGCGAGUUUUUCUUUCUAUCAAGUAUGGCCACAGAAAAGUUGACGAGAUUUUUGGUAGUCUAGUGGUAGAUACUGGCGGCAGUGUCCUUCACGAUUCUGGGUAUUGAUGAUUAUGAUGAAAGCGGAUGAUAUCUGACUAUUUUUAUUCCCCCUUUUCGAAAUGAAAUCCUUAUCAAUGUACCUCAUUCUUCCGUGCCUAUAUUUGCUCUAUGAUAAUCAUUUACGUG